CCGCAGUGGCGGUGGCGCAGGCGCAGUGCGGGGCCCCGCCCGUCAGGGGAACCCGGAAGCGCCGGGCGGGGCGGCCGCCAUGGGGCUGUUCGGGAAGACCCCCGAGAAGCCGCCCAAGGAGCUGGUCAAUGAAUGGUCCUUGAAGAUAAGGAAAGAAAUGAGAGUGAUUGAUAGACAGAUCAGAGAUAUCCAGAGGGAAGAGGAGAAGGUGAAGAGGUCAGUAAAGGAUGCUGCCAAAAAGGGUCAGAAGGAUGUGUGUGUGAUCUUGGCGAAGGAGCUGAUCCGCUCCCGGAAGGCCGUAAGCAAACUCUAUGCAUCCAAAGCCCACAUGAACUCUGUUCUCAUGGGGAUGAAGAACCAGCUGGCUGUCCUCAGAGUAGCAGGUUCAUUGCAGAAGAGCACAGAAGUCAUGAAAGCUAUGCAAAAUCUAGUGAAAAUCCCUGAAAUCCAAGCAACGAUGAGGGAGUUGUCCAAAGAGAUGAUGAAGGCUGGAAUUAUAGAGGAAAUGCUGGAGGACACCUUUGAAGGCCUGGAGGAUCAGGAGGAGAUGGAAGAGGAAGCUGAGAUGGAAAUCGACAAAAUCCUUUUUGAAAUUACAGCUGGGGCCUUGGGUAAAGCACCCAGUAAAGUCACAGAUGCUCUUCCAGAGCCUGAGCCCAUGGGAGCAGCCGCUGCUGUGGAUGAGGAGGAAGAUAUCGAAGCGAUGCAGUCGCGGCUGGCCACACUCCGGAGUUAGGGACAGGAGGGAUGUGUACAGCUGGCUUUGCCUGAUUCUGUCCUACCCUCAAAAUGCAAAACUUAUGUGAGAAUACUUUAUGUAAUAUAUAUAUUAUUUUUUUUUUCUUUCUGGGGAUUGUGUUCUCCAAGAAACUACUGUAAUAUACUUCUUGGGGAGUGCAGUCUGUGAGAUUUGCUUCCCAUUUUCUGUUCAGCCCGUGUUCCCGGGAGGGGCUGUGGUGACAUGGCACUGGUGGUGUAAUGUUGCAUAUUUUUAGAUAUAAAGUCCUGAAAUAUAUUCUCAGCUUCAAGCAGCAUCUCUUCCUAAAAGGCACUUUGGCUUAAUCUGUUACCAAAACCCUUCAGUGGUGUAAGAUUUUUGUUUUCCUGAAUCACUACAGAUUUUAUUAAAGCUGCUUUUAACGGUCA